UUCAUCUUGAAAAAAAGUUUAUGAAAUUACGGUACAUGAACUUAUAUUCUGGAAUGCUAAUUUAAAAAGAUUAUGUCGAUAAAUCUCAAAAAAAAUGGAUGAUCAUGCAGAAUUAGUGAUGUAGUACUGAAGUUUAUAUUAUUAUUUGCCUGUAGAAAACACAAUGUGAAGUAGUUGGGUUCUGUAGUUGGGUGUACACUGCAAAUAUAAGUAGUUAGUUCCUGAAAUAUGACGCCCUUGCAGAAAUUUAUUUGACUGCAUCAAAAUUUCUAUUAAAUUGGAUUAUUCGUGUCAGAGGUGCUCAUAUUGGGUGAUUUGCAAUUGUUUUCACAAUGUAUAUAGCAAACUUUUUGAAUUUAGAUACAGUGGAACAUGAAAAAAUCAUUAUUUUGCAUAACAUAAUUUAAUUUGAUGAUUUUUGUUUGGGGUACAAAAGUAUUCUUUGUAUUUGAGUGGGGAAUUGAAUUUAGCUCCAAGUUUUUAGACAGCAUAUUUGAAAAGAAAUAUUAUUUCUCUUAAGUUCAUCUUUAAAUUUUGUUAUGGAAGUGUGAUGGUUGGGUUUGCUGUUUGUUAUGCAACAUAUCUGAAUUUGUUAUGCAGAUAUCCAUGAAAAUUUUGCUGAACAUUCUAGACAUGAAAAUUUUGUUAUGGAAGUAUUUGAGUGGGGAAUUGUGUUAUGGAAGAUUCUAGACAUGAUAUUUGCCAAUUUGUUAUGCAGCAUAUCUGAAUUUCAUUCUAUAGAACAUAUGGUGUCGUCUUUAAAUUUUUGGAAGUUCAUCUUGUGAUUAUUUGCUCUACAUAACACAAUUGAACUAUGUGCAAUUUUCUAGAAUUUUUUUACUCCGUUUUUUUAUUACUUCUCUUAAGUUACUUUCUCUUAUUUGACUUAAGAGGUAUAGGUUUCUAUAUUUCUUUUUUGAGCAUAGGUGGUACUCGAGUUUUGGGAAAAUCUAAUAAGCAUUCAUGUAUUUUACACCAUGAAUAUGACUUUCUUGUUAAUAGAUCAAAUCCCUUCUUUUCUUUUGUGGAUGUAGUUUUACAUUAGCUGAAACAUAUAAAUUCAGGUAUUCUCUUUUUGGGUUUGCUGAAGCUGAACCAACAGGAAUCCAUGUUGAUGGUCAAUUUGAACUUCAUUUCCUUUUUUGCUUGAUUUCCUGUUUUGCUUGGGUAUGCACCUGCUGUUGGAGCUCUUCUCGUUUCGGAUUUGAAUAUAUUUGUUUGAACGCAUUGAUGUGGUUUGUCUUAAAUGGAUUUUCUGGAUUUAGAUUUUGUGUUUUGGUUUGCUGAAGUCGAUCCAUUGAUGCUUUACGUGGUUUGGCUAAACGAACCAUUGAGAUACAUUAGCUGAAGCAUUGACGUGGUUUGGCUAGUUUCUUGAACACAUCAACGUGAUUUGGCUUAAAUGGAUUUUGUCCAUCAACGUGUAUGCACCACAUUGUUGCAGUCGUUACUUAUACCAAAACUAUCAUAGCUGAACCAUUAGUUUGCUGCAGUCGUUACUUUAGUUUAGUUACUUUAGUUUGCUGAAGUCGUUACUUAAAGCUGAACCUUCAAAAUGAGGGUAUAAUGGAGCCGGGUUUUUUGCAACUAUGAUAGUUAUUAUGAUUUGGUUUGCUGAAGUCGAACCUUCACAUGUUCAGCAGCCUUCCUGUGCUGUGUAUGGAUAAUAUUUAUGAGGAUUUAAACAUUUUGGUAUUGUUUGGUGGAGCUGCAUUUUGAAAAUGUUGAACCUUCAAAGUAGAUGGGUAUCCUUUUGGUUUGGUUUGUUGAAGCAGAACUUUCAAAUUGAUAGAUUGGAUAUUUUUAUAAUUUGCUUUCAUGGAUACUGAUUUUUGGAAGUGUGAUGGUUGCUUUGCUUGGCUUUACGGAAGCCGAAACUUCAGAGAUUCAGCAGCUGCCCUUUACUGUUUAUUUAUAAUAUUUCUAUGCUUGGGUUUGCUGAAGUACGAAUCCGAGGGGCGUGUUGGCAACUGCUACUACUGCAUUUCUAUGUAUGAAUGAAGGGGAAGGGAGAAAUUUGCAAGUCAUUAUGUUUUUUUGAUGCUUUUGGGAGGGUGUAUUGUAUGAAUGAAAGCUUUGUAUCUUCUUCUUUAAUGCUAUAAUAAAGUUGUGGCCUCCUUUGCCGUGGAUGUAGGUCAUUUUGACCGAACCACGUAAACAUUUGGUGUUCUUUUUCUUUUUUUUUACUUUCUUUAAUCAAUUUUUUAAUCGAAAACUAUAUUGUUGUGUUUCAUAUCUUUGCUUCGUCGUAGUAGUAACAUGGCUGGUAAGUCUAAAGAACAUGGUUCACCGGCAAUCUGGGAAAAGGAAAUCAAAUUGUUGUUCUGCGACCUCUGUAUCAAAGAAAUUGAGCUGGGCAAUAGACCGACAACCUUUUUCAACAAAGAAGGUUGGAAUAGUAUCAUUAAACAUUUUAAAGACUCCACCGGACGGGAGUACGACAGGCUGCAAAUGAAAAACAAAUGGGAUCAACUAAAGAAAGAUUGGAAAAUUUGGAAGGAUCUAAAGCGUGGUUCAACUGGUUUGGGUUGGGAUCCAAUAAAGCGAACCAUUGAUGCUUCGGAAGAGUGGUGGGCAGAGAGGCUCGCGGUGGUUCCAGCAGCUAAAAAGUAUAAAACAUGUGGGAUUGAACCUGAGUUGGAGGAGAAGUUAGACCAAAUGUUCGGGGGUGUCGUUGCAACAGGGAAAUAUGCAUGCGCUCCAAGCGAGACGGGAUUUGGUGAAACACAGGACAAUGUUGCUGUCAGUUUAUCAGAUGAUUCACCUGAAUUUCCAAGUGCAGGUCCAACUGAGAUUCAAUCUACGAAUCGCUCUAAGCGAUCUAGGUUCGAGAGCAAAAAAAAGGGUGGAGCUGCCACAAUCAGAAACCAGAUAUCAUGCCUAAUGGAUUCUUCCAAUGAUGCCCCCCAUAAAGUACAGAAAACAUCAAUUAAUGAGGUCGUGGCUAUUCUAGAGCAGGAUCCGAGUAUUGCAGCGGAUGAUGAGCUAUACUACUUCGCUGUUGAGCUGCUUCAAGAUUCGGUGCAAAGAGAUUUUUUCACAGCUAUUGCCAAAGAGCGCAGGGUGUCGUAUCUACGACAUUUUUUUGAGUGCAAGAAAAUUUGAAUGGACUUUUUUUAGUUGCUACGUCCUUACUUUAAUAGUUUAUGAGAAGACAUGGUUAUUUGAACUGUUGUUUAAUGAGACUUUUCAGUUUAUUUUGUUUUC